CGGGCCACUGACAAAGCAAAAGAAGUCCAUUUUAGGGAUUCCUGAAUUGGAAGGAAACAAUGGAAGGUUGUUGUACUUGUCUCCUGUAACUGCCGUAACAAGUUGCUAAUGGACUCAAACUGCACAUGUAAGCAUUCAAUGUUUACUAAUUGAUCUUAGCUUUACUUGUUGCUCUUACUUUUUACUACUGUUCUGUUUUACAGAGAAGAGUUAAAAACCCCAGCAUUCUUCUGGGUGGCACCAUUGAACGGAACAAGACUGACCAACAGAUAUACCCGGUAUCUGUGUUUGACCAUAAGUAUGGUCUUGGUUUCUUUUAUCUCCUCCCAUCCCCAAGGAGGGACACGGAACAUGUGUAGAGAAAAAACUUCUUAUUUCUGUUUUCCAGGUUGAAUCCUGCUGAAUCCUUUUCACAGAAAAUCAUAUAGAACUUUUUUGGACAAAUCCAAUGUCAUUGGCACUAUGCGCUGCCUUUCCAGCUCUCCACUUCUCUCUCAACUGGGACCCUGAAGAGUAGGGAAGGGAUGCCUGCUGCGCGGCGGAAAUCCAAAUCCAAGGCACCAGUGACUUUUGGGGACUUGGCCAUCUACUUCUCCCAGGAGGAGUGGGAAUGGCUAAGCCCCAUUCAGAAGGAUUUGUAUGAAGAUGUCAUGUUGGAAAACUACAGGAACCUGGUCUCACUGGGUCUUUCCUCUCGGAGGCCAAAUGUCAUCGCCUUACUGGAGAAAGGGAAAGCACCAUGGAUGGUGGAGCCACCGAGAAGACACAGGGGCCCAGACUCCAGGUCUAAGUGUGAGACCAAGAAAUUACCACCAAAUCAAUGCAACAAAUCCGGGCAAAGCAGCUGUCAGAAACCGCUUUCUACAAAACAAAAGGUUCCCACAGGGAACAGGGGCUACAGCAAAAAUUCAUUCCUAAGCAAACCCAGGAAAGGUAAUUCACGGAAGAAAUCUUUAAAAUGCAAUUACUGUGGUAAAACCUUUAGUCGAAGCGUCUCUCUCAAACUUCAUCAGAACUCACAUACUGGAGAGAGGCCUUAUGAAUGCGGUAAUUGUAGAAAAGCUUUCAGACAGAUCUCAUCUCUCAUUCUUCAUCAAAGAGUUCACAGUAGAGAGAAAAGCCAUGAGUGUGAUAAGUGUGGGGAAAGUUUCAUUAAAAAAAUAGCCUUUAUUCUUCAUAGAAAAAUCCAUAAUGGAAAGGAAACCUCUAAGUAUGGGAAGGCUUUGAGUUCAUGCCCAUCUCUCAGUGUACAUCACAACAUCCAAAUUGUUGAGAGAGUCUACCAGUGCAGAAAAUGUAGGAAAGCCUUUAGUCGGAAGUCAUCCCUUUUAGUUCAUAAGAGGAUUCACAGUAGAAAGAAAAUACAUAAAUGCAGUAGAUGUGGGAGAGGCUUCAAAAAGAAACCAGCCCUUGUUAUACAUGAAAAAAUGCAUCUUGGAGAGAAACCCCAUAAAAGUGUAAAGGCCUUAAGUCAGAGUGUGCUGCGGAGAAGUCGUGACUUAGAGAAUGCCUUUAAGUGCAGAAAGUGUGGGAAAUCCUUCAGUAGGAUUUCACCCCUUCUGCUUCAUCAGAGAAUUCACACUUCAGGGAAGCCCUACAAAUGUGAUAAAUGUGAGAAGGACUUUAGGCGCCUUUCAACCCUUAUUCUGCAUCGAAGGGUUCAUAAUGGAAAGAAGCUGUAUAGAUGCAACAAAUGUGAGAAGGUCUGUAAUCGUCAUUCAUCCCUUCUUCAGCAUCAGAAAAUGCAUAAACGGAAGAAGAAGCUCUUUGAGUGUAAGGAAUGCGGAAAGAUGUUUUCUGGAACCGCAAACCUUAAAAUACAUCAGAACAUUCACUCUGAAGAGAAACCUUUCAAGUGCAAUAAAUGUAGUAAAGUUUUCGGCCGCCAGUCAUUUCUUAUUGAGCAUCAGAGGAUUCAUACUGGAGAAAAACCCUAUCAGUGUGAGGAAUGUGGGAAAGCAUUCAGUCACCGAAUAUCCCUUACUCGACACAAGAGAAUUCAUACCGAAGAUAGACCCUACGAAUGUGAUCAGUGUGGGAAGGCCUUCAGCCAGAGUGCACAUCUUGCCCAGCACGAAAGAAUUCACACCGGAGAGAAGCCGUAUACAUGCCAGACCUGUGGGAAGGCCUUUAGUCAGCGCACGUCCCUUAUCCUUCAUGAGAGAAGUCAUACCGGAGAGAAACCCUACGAGUGUAAUGAGUGUGGGAAAGCCUUCAGCAGUGGCUCAGAUCUCAUUCGACACCAGAGAAGUCAUUCUUCUGAGAAACCCUAUGAAUGUAGUAAGUGUGGGAAGGCGUAUAGUCGCAGCUCGUCCCUGAUUCGACACCAGAGCACACAUUCUGAAGAAAAGGCCUAAUGUUUUACUCUAAAAGCUAAGGAUGAGGUUGUCAAAGAAGCAGUCAGAGGAAUGGGGGAAAUGUGCAGAUAUCCUUAGGAUGGGGUUGUAUCCUGGUAAAUUCAUCAGAGGUUGAAAAUACAGUAAACAGCACACUUAAACCUAACAUCAUAGCUUUGCCAACAGUACAGUGUAGAGUACCGAUCAUCUACCCUCACGAUGGCAUGGCUGACAGAGCUGUGCCCACUGCUGCCACCGCAUCAAAAGAGAGCAUCAUGUGCUUGUUGCUGGCCUAGGAAAAGAUCGCAUUUGAAGUACAGUUGCUACAGAACAUAUGCUUCUGCACCAUCGUAAAGCCAAAAGCUCACAGACUAAACCUUUGUGUAUUGAGAUAUGUCUGUAUUUAUCUCUAAUAUGAAUUUCAUAUAUAUGGGACAAUUUGAUGAUGUGUCCCGUUUUGAAAGCCAAAGAACAGAAGUCACUGGUGACUUUUGACCUGUGGAUUUGAAUAAACUGAAGCAAGCUCAGGAAAUUAGAUUAGUCUUUGAGAAUGAAGGCUAUUUUUCUUUUGAUAUUUUACUUCUAGUGUAGUUUUGAAGAUACUUCACUGGCACAUACAACAAAAUGGAAUUGUGAAGUCUGUUUUUGUAGAUGGGGCAAUGAGUCCCAUUUGAGUUCACAUGAAGGUAGAGUUUGAGUCUGUUCCUCAGAACCAAAACUAUCACAUAAAAGGAACUUCCUGGCAAAACAGGAUGCUGCUUUCACCUGACAGUCUUUAAGUGGAUAAAGAUAGCACUCCUAAUGAGGUGCAGCAGUAGUCUUCACCAUACUAUCUUCAAGGACAUGAGGAUGUGGUGUGAAAAUUUAAUAUGGCCAAGAUAGACUAAUGGGAAGGAACCAGGAGCUACUGACAAGAUGAGGAACUUCAGAGCAGGGAGAUUUUUUUUUUUAUUUGAAAAUAAAUUGUUUAUAUUUAUAUGAGUAAACUUUGGUAUUUUCAUGUAACACUGGUAUGUAAUGGAACUUGUGAAAUAUGUUACAGACUAAAUAUGUGUCACCCCAAAACUCACAUGCUGAAGCCCUAACCCUCCAUGUGUGGCAUUUGGAAAUGGGACAUCUGGGGGACAUGUAGCAUUAGAUGAGGGCAAAAGUCUUCAUGAUGAGUCACUGCCCUUCUAAGAAGAGAGGCCAGAGAGCUUACUCUCUGCACCAUGCAAGAACACAGGAGGGCAACUCCUGCAAACAAAGAAAAGAACCCUCCGCGGAAGCUGGCCAGGCAGACGUCGUGAUCUCAGGCUUCCAACCUCUAGAACUGUGAGAAGUUAAUUUCUGCUGUUUAAGUCCUCCAGUCUGCUGUGUGUUGUUAUGUCAGCCCACGUAGACUAAGACACGGGAAGCCCUGGGUGGGCUCUUCCAUUUCAGCUGUUUACCUGUUUCCAGUGUGUGUAAAACAAGUCAGAAAUAAAGUCACAGUUCUGUUUUAUGGUUA